UGCGUGGUGCAUUGUGGUAUUGGAACAGUUGGAGGUUCAGUCUCGUGCAGCAGUUGUAGAGCAUCAGAGCAGCAGAGGAGCGACACGAGAUUGAGCAGCGGCUGAGAAUCAUUGAGGCUGAGCGACGGCAGAGCGACGGCAGAGUGGCGGCUGGUGGACAUGUCUGUCUUGACGCAGCUGGGUCUGCUGCUGUGGAAGAAUUUUACGUACAGACGACGACAGACGCCUCAGCUCCUGGUGGAGAUCGUCUGGCCGCUCUUCAUCUUCUUCAUCCUCAUCGCUGUGAGGCUCAACUACCCGCCGUACGAACAACAUGAGUGUCAUUUUCCCAACAAGGCGAUGCCGUCAGCUGGCACGCUGCCCUGGCUCCAGGGAAUCCUCUGCAACGCCAACAACCCGUGUUUCAGACACCUGACGCCAGGCGAGUCUCCAGGUGUCGUCGGCAACUUCAAUGACUCCAUAAUUUCUCGUCUUUUCUCUGACGCCAAGAAGAUUCUUCUCUACAGUCAAAAUGACAAGAACCUGGAGGGGUUCAAGGAGCUCGCUCACGCUCUGCGGAAGCUGCAGGUCAGCCGAUCAGGCUUCAAGUUGAAAAAUUUCCUACGAGACAACGAGACUCUGUCGAGUUUCCUGCAGAGUAACGUCUCCUUCCCUGAACACGACAUCCAACAGAUCAGAGACGCUGACGUCAACCUAGAGACGGUUCUCCUUAGAGGUUUCGGAGUCCACCUCAGGGACAUGUGUCUCAGGAAGGGGGGCAAGCGUAGUCUGGAGGACUUUGUGACGAUCUCGGACCCGCAGGUGUCGAUACUGGUACAGGAAGUCAUCUGUCAGGCGCCACCAGCCUGGCUGGACCUCGCUGAGGACCACUUUCUGAACAACCUGGACUUCCUCAAACCUAUCCAGAGGGAUGUGAGGUCUGACCCAGAGGCCGUCAGACAGGUUUCCAGGGCGACCAACAACCUCCUGGACAGUCUUGGUUCUCUGGCGGUGGAGUUGGCCAGUAUGAAGAGCUGGAUCGAUCUGAGGAAUGAGAUCAUCUUCCUGACGCAGAAUGCCACGUCGUCACCCAGCACCAUGUACCAGGCAGUCUCCAGGAUUGUGUGUGGUCACCCUGAAGGCGGCGGCCUGCAGAUCAAAUCCCUCAACUGGUACGAAGACAGCAACUACAAAGCUCUGUUUGGAAACCACAACAGCAGCGAGGACGAGCCCAUGUCGCUGUACGACAACUCCUCCACUCCGUACUGUAACAGUCUGGUGAAGAACAUGGACUCUAACCCGAUGUCCAGGAUGAUCUGGCAGGCUCUGAAGCCGCUGCUGAUGGGAAAGAUCCUGUACACCCCCCACACCCCCGCCACACAGAAGGUCAUCCACGAGGUGAACCGGACCUUCCAGGAGCUUGGUGUUUUCAGGGACCUUGGAGGAAUGUGGGAGGAGAUGAGACCUAAAGUCUGGAGCUUUAUGGAGAACAGUCAACACAUGGACCUGAUCAGGACUCUGCUGAAAAACAACGUCACCGCAAGAUUAUUUCACGCUCAGCUGGCCCAAACUGACUGGACCGUGUCCGACGUGUCAAACUUCCUGUCCAGGCAGGCAGAUGACCCGCGGCCGCCGGGCAGUGCCCUCACCUGGAGGGAGGUGUUCAACGAGACGGACCAGGCCAUCAUGAGCAUCUCCCGCUUCAUGGAGUGUGUGAACCUGGACAAACUGGAGCCUGUGUCCACAGAGGAGCGACUGGUCAACCAGUCCAUGUUGCUGCUGGAGGACAGGAAGUUCUGGGCAGGAAUCGUUUUCCCAGAUGUCGCCCCCAAUGCCACAGAGCUGCCGCCAAAACUCAACUACAAGAUCCGCAUGGACAUCGAUAACGUAGAGAGGACCAAUAAGAUCAAAGACGCGUGA